AUGCGACACUUCGAUGCCUGGCUGCUUCGUGAUCCCUACUCCAUCUGGCACUACUAUUCCACCGGACGACGAUGGCAGGAGAUAGUCCGUGAUCUCAUCCAGGAACGCAAGAUCUGUGCUCCUCCUGUCGACUUACUAUCUUCAACCCCAUCCAGACCAGUGGACCCUUACGAUUGUCCCGUCAACCCGCAGUUCGCCUCGCCGCUCUUCGGCAAACUGCCCGCAGAGAUCCGCUUGAUCAUCUACCACUACGUCUUUGGCGACGAGGCCGUCCAUCUGGUCCAGCUCAAGGGCAAGAUCCGCCAUGUGCGCUGCAAGCACACCUCCUCCUCCCUCGACAGUCACCGACUCUGUUGCCCGAUCACCCCGGCUCGCUGGCGAGCGGGAGCAGCGACCCACGACGGCCAUUCCGACAGCAUGCUCUACCCGCACACCCACCCCGCCCUCCCCAACACGCUGAGCAACGGCUCACUCGCCCUCCUGCGCACCUGCCGCGCCGUCUACGCCGAGGCCGCCGACCUCCCCUACGCCACCCCGGUCUUCGACGUCGACGAUCUGCACACCUUCGUGGCCUUCUCCCAGACCAUCGACCCGCACCGCCUGCGCGCCAUCCGCCGCCUCACCGUCCAGUGGACGCCCGUCUGGCAACCCAUGGCCGGCCAGGAGCACAAGGCCUCCAUCUACGCGCACACCCACAACGACCACCUCUGGGCCCUCUUCUGGUCCCGCGUCGCCGCCUGCCGCGGCCUCGAGGAGCUCCAUCUCAGCAUUGACCUCGGCCGCUUCACCAGGGCCACCAACACCACCGCCGGCGGACAACGCCUGCGGCUGGACGUAAGGGAGCCAUGGGUCGCGCCGCUGCUGUCUGUGCGGGGCCUGCGCGUGUUCGAGCUGGGUAUCACCGCGCGGUGUGACGCUGAGCCUGUCGCGCGGAGGCUCCUGGAGGAGAACCUGAGUCGGGACGCGGUGACGCUGAGAGACCAUCUCCGUGCGGUCAUGUGCUCGGCGCCUGGCGAAGCUGUCCUGGUUCCGGGGGUUGAGCUCUGGAAGCCUUGUCCCGUGGAGGACAGCGAUGAGCAGACGCAGCUUCCCCGAUGGCAUCGAAGCAGGCCUCGUCUCGCUAUCACUGCUAAGUAG